AUGGAUUCACAACAGAAUAACAACAUAUCGGCAGUGAAUGACCGGAUGUCUCACAAAUACAGACGAUAUUUCUGUCCACAAGAGAACUGUUUCCGACAUUACUCUUCGAAGAAAGGUUUGGAUUAUCACCGAAAGAAUGGCACUCAUGAGUAUAGAGACAAGACAUACAUCUGUGGUAUCAAUGCAUGUGUUUAUAAGACUUUAUCCAAACAUGAGUUACAGAAACACAUAUCGAGUGAACACAACGAGACGUUUGUCUGUGAUUUCAUUGGCUGUGGAAAGAAAUUUAUGACAAUAUAUAACCUGAAAGAUCACAAAGACUUGCAUUCGGAUGAGACCUAUGAGUGCGAUGUCGACGACUGUCACGAAGUGUUUGUCACUAAACGAUAUUUAAAUCGACACAAAAGGAUAAAACACACGUCAAAGACAUCACUGCCUGGAAGUGAUAGCAAUGAAAGCACAACUCAAGUGAAGAUCAGAAAAGAUAAUAAAUGCGAAACAAAUGCCAAAAGAAAAGUGAAAUCAAAUACAAGUGAAGCGAAAGACAGCGAAACAGAAGAGUAUAAUAACGGGUCGAGUGAUGAAGAAAUGGACGACAAGUCAGACACCGAUUGCACCCAAAGACGGCCUAAGAAGAAGAAAAUCAGUGUCAAAACUAAGGGUCGGUUUGUCUGUGAUUUUAUGGGAUGUGAUAAGACAUUUGCGGAGAGACGUGAUCUCAAUAAUCAUUACGACAUUCAUUUGGGAACAACCUAUCGAUGCUCUGAAGGCGACUGUAAGGCAACGUUUGCCACUAUAUUUAGUUUAAAUAAACACAUUCGUGGAAAACACGGCUUUCAAUACCGUUGCGAUUAUAAGAGAUGUGAUUAUAAGACCGGAUGUCUAUCGUAUCUAAAAUCACAUCAAAUCAGUCAUUCAAAUGAACACCAAUUCAAGUGUUCAAUCAAUGGCUGCGAUAAGACUCAUAAAAGAGAAGUUCAGUUGAAUAGACAUCAGUUGAGAGCACAUCCCGACUCGUUUGCAGACAUACCAUGGAUUGAAUGCUCGCAUACGGGCUGUCAGUAUAGGACUAAAUGUAAGCCAAACUUUACGGAACACAUGAAAACUCAUUCAAAGCCCUAUCGAUGCGAUGAAUGCGGAAAAUCUUUCGGUUCGAGUAAAAGUCUUAACACUCAUAAGAGGAGUCACAACAAGUCGUCGCAAAUCCCGUGUGAAUGGUAUGGAUGUGAGCGAAGGUUCACUACUAAGAGUGCAAUGAAAGCACAUAUGAAUUCACACACUUGUGAGACCACAUACCGGUGCCAAUGGCCCGGUUGUGACAACACUUAUGUUAAUAAAACGUCGUUAAGUAUACACCAAACGAGAGUACACAAGGGUUUGUUGGAAAACAAGUGUCAUUGGCCUGAAUGCGAGUACUCGACCACUAAUCCCAUUAGACUUCAUAAUCAUAUCGAUAGACAACACAAGGGUCUGCAGGACUACCGGUGCUCUCAUACGGGCUGUGAUUAUACGACCACUAAAUGCGGGGAAUUAGACACACAUAUGAAGAUUCAUAACAACUGA